AUGAAUGAUCAACCAGAUUCUUUUCAACAAAAAGUUUUACAAAGCAGCGCUGCUAUGAAGACACCAAUCAAAGAAGUAAAGACUGAUACCGAAAACAGAGAUGGUAACAGUAUCAGUCCCAUUCUCAACUCGAUGAAAAAGAUGAGUCGUCGUCAAGAUACAUUGGAUCUCAAAGCGAUUCUAAAGUUACAGACACCAAAGAAAGCAACAAGAACACCAAAGAAGAAAGAACAACAGGAAGAGGCACAAGAAGGUGAAGCUGAACAACAAGUAGAGGCAGUUGAAACAGAGAGUGUUAGCGAUGUUACAUCUACACCGGUUGCAGAUUACAAUCAGAAGAAGAACAAGAACAAUAGCUCUGUAAAAUCACAACAAAACUAUCCUGUUACACCAAGUAACAAAGAGCAAGAGGAUGACGAUGACGAUGACUAUGUAAAUGAAGAGGAAGAGUUAAUGAAUAGAUAUAUUACCAAGUCGGAACCACUCAAGUCUGGAGAUCAAACACCGACAGCCGCUAAAAAGACACCAGCCAAAAAGACACCGGCAAAAAAGACACCAGCAGCAUCAAAGAAACCAGACACUCCAUUCCCAAUGAAAACUAAAUCAAAGACUGCACCUGCUGCUUUCGAUGAUUUCAAAGUUCCAUUCCCAAAGUCAAAUAGUAAUUUAUUAGAGUCAACAUUAACUUCUACUACUGCUGCUGCUAUUGUAGAAGAAUCAUCAACAACAUCAAAUACAACAACAAUAACUACACCAACACCAUCAUCACCAAUUCAAAAACUUACAGAAAGAUUAGAAGAAAUUGUAAAGGAGACUACACCAAAGAAAUCGACUACAAACGAACAACAACAACAACAACAACAACAAUCAGCAUCAAAAUCAACUAAAACAAAGACACCCUCAAAAACACCAUUAAAACAACAGCAAAAGAAAGUAGAGAAAGAAGUAGAAGUAGAAGAAGAAGAAGAAGAAGAAACAAAACAAUUAUUACCAUCAAUGCCUGUUUUAACUGCUGAAUUAUUGAAACAAGCUCAAUUACAAAGUAAGAGUAUUGCAGAGGAGAAAUUGAAAAUAGAGGAAGAAAAGAAAAGAAAGGUUGAAGCAUUGGAGGAAGCAGAGAGAAAAGAGAGAAGAAAGAAACAAAGAAUGGAAAAGAGAAAGAAGGCUAAUCCAUCACAUAUUACUGCAGUUUCAAUCAAUGACAUCGAUCAAAUGGUAUUCAACGCAAAGCAAGCACAAAAGAAACAACAACAAGAAGAGCUGGAUGUAAUCAACAAGGUUGCCUCUGAGAAGCUAUCUAAACGUGCAAAGACCAGAAAUAAAAUCAAUUCUUUUAGAGCCGGUGCAAGAGUACCAUCGUCAGUAUUAGCAUAUCAAAAAUAA